AUGGGCAGUAGUAACGGUAAACAAAAUGAUGAAACGGAAAAUAAAAGAAGACGAAAUUUUCGAAGAAUACUGCACCUCGCUUCUCGUCACACAAACAACCUAUCACUACCUAGAAGUAACUCCGGUCUAAAUCAAUAUUGUCAAGAAUUUCAAGGUUUACAACAAGACAUGUCUGUGUUUAAUGUUAUUCAACUAGAUAUCAAUGAACAAACUUCUACUGAUCCCCUUCCAACUGAUAUGAAUCAAUCGUCUUCGUCUUCUUCAUCGUCAUCAAUGAGACCAAAUGAAUCAUCCAACGAUACAAGCAGCGAUCCUGAUGAGCCACUCGAAUACCCUAUGACAACGAAAUUUGAUGAAUACGACUGGAAAUCGUAUCUUCCCAUCACACUGGACAAAAUCCGUUCGAUCACACUAUUGAAAGAUUCGAUCUGCGAACGCUUAAAUACAGAAUUAAAUCAUAUUUUAAAUCGUCUACUUCGACUAAAUCAAACUGGCGAACACGAAGGAUUUCUCCAGUGGUUUCUUAGAGAGAUUGAAUUUUGCAUGCAUUCGAGUGAUCACGAUCAGAUUUACUCCCAUAAAUCCAUAUUGUUACGUUCAAUUGAACAAGAUCGUUUCGAUUGCACGAAACAUUUACUCGAACAACAAUUAUUAUCUCGCAAACUAGACAUUAAUACUAUCAAUGAUCAAGGCCGGCAUUGUCUACUUAUGCUUGCGCACAAAAAUGGUCCCGCUGAUUUAAUAAAGUAUCUUCUAACACAUCAUUUAUCCUGUUUAGAUACAAAUAAACUUGAUUUCAAUCGAUACAGUUCAUUACAUCACGCUUGUCGACAUUUCAAUCUACCCAUAUGUGAAGCUCUUCUUCCAUAUACAAACCGACAUGUCCUACAAAUUGACAAUUCCGAACUUCACACUCCGCUCGACUACUGGCUGGAAUGUUUAUAUUCAUUGAAGAAAUUGAAACCCACACAUUUACAACACGAUGUGGACACGUUACGUCUCGAUCAUUUGUUAACCAAUAAAGAUUUCAAUUCGAACAUUUACUUUCUUCAAACAGUGAUCAAUCGCGGUGGACAAUUAACAAAACUACCUUUACGUUACAUACGCUCAAUCCUACCACAAUUAUCAUUCGAACAGAAAAUGCUUUACGUCGAUCAUCAUGUUAAUCUGUGUUGUAUCUUAUAUAAGAAUCGCUUGUCAACAUUGGUGCAUGAUUACGAUCAACUGAAAAUGAGUAUUCAAGCAGGAGAGAUUCUCACGGAAUUCAUCUAUGCACUAGGCACUGUUCAGGUUGAAAUUCAAAAUCGUUUAGCUGAAAAUGCGUGCUCGGACAAAGAUCAACAGACGAAAAGUAAAGAACAUGAACUAUUACAAUCAACGAUGCGAAUGUUAUACGGGAAAUUUUUUCGUCUGUUUGAUUGUAUUUAUAAUAAUCCAGAUGUUAAUGUAAAGAACUUUCAUUUUGAACAUAUUUUUCGGCGUGUUUGGAUUUAUUGGAAAGAACCAGUGAAAUUAUUUAUAAAACAAGCUAAGGAGAAGAAUCUUUUGUUAAAAUCAAUCUGUCGAAUUGAAUUAUUCAAACGGUUAAUGAAUUAUCCAGGUGAUAUACAAAAUUUACCGAUUAAUUCAUCUUUAAAACAAUUUCUUGCUUUGGAUAAUCGAUUUUUUGUGGUGCAAAGAAAAGCUUGA